AUGCUUAGUUUGGUGAUUGUUCUAGUGGUUCGUGUAGUAUAUGUUGUUAUGUAUCAGUGUGGCAAACCCUUUCCCAAAGGAGCUUCACGAUCGUUUACUACUCUUAUUGUUCUUGGUUCUGGGGGACACACGGCAGAGAUGUUGAGUCUCCUCUCUGUUUUGCGCAUGGACAGAUUCACCCCCAGGUUUUACAUCGCUGCAGCUACUGAUAACAUGAGUCUCCACAAAGCUCGUUCCUUUGAACACUCUCUAGCUGACGACAAGCCUGCUGUUAAGGAAGACUCCUCCUUACAAUACACGCAAAUUUACCGGAGUCGAGAAGUUGGUCAGUCUUAUGUAACUUCUGUUUGGACUACCAUUCUUGCCACUCUUCAUGCUCUCUGGCUAAUGAUCCGGAUCAGACCCCAAGUGAUUCUUUGCAAUGGUCCUGGGACAUGUAUUCCUCUGUGUCUAAUCGCUUUCUUGUUCAAGGUGCUGGGAAUCAGGUGGUCAUCGAUCUUUUAUGUUGAGAGUGUAGCAAGAGUUAAGAAGCUCUCGUUAAGUGGAUUGCUGCUUUACAAGUUAAGGAUCGCUGAUCAGUUCUUUGUUCAAUGGCCACAACUGCAAAACAAGUAUCCUCGGGCUCACUAUGUUGGAUGCCUGAUGUAA